AUGAUGAAAGUAAAGAGAAGCUGCUCAGUGUAUGAUAUUCAAACAAAAAGAAAAAGUAAUGAAGAUCUUAAUAAUGAGCAUGAAUUUUUAUCUGAUAAAAAAUUAACGAUUGGCAUUAUUAUUGGUUUAUGUCUUACCAUAUGUACUAUUAUUCUUCAAUGUGUUGCUUUUUUUACACCACAUUGGAAAGAAAUCUCUCCUAAAACUAAUUCAUUAUAUAUUGAUGGUGUUGAUGCUCUUAUUCGUACUGAAAUUUUAGUAUAUUUCAAUUCUGUUCAUCGUUUUACUCGUCAUUCUUAUGGUUUAUUUCAACGAUGUGAAUAUAUAUUAAGUAAUUCAUCUCAAUCAAUUAAAGAUCAAGAAAGAAUUAUUCUUAAUCAUGACAUAUUUAAACAACAAAAACAUUGUACAAAAAAUUUUCUUCCAUCCUAUAAUGAUGAAUAUUUUAAUGAAUGUCAUAGUUUACAAUAUUAUCGUUUUUGUUCGAAAUCAAGUGAAAAAAUAUUUGAUAUUCACAAUGAUUAUCUUCGUGUAACAUUUGAUAUAUUAUCUAAUCCAAAGAAAAGUAUUGAUUCAACAUCUUUAUGUGAUUGUCAUUAUCCAACAUAUGUAAAAGCAUGUUUUGUACUUGAAAUAUUUGCAUUAAGCUUUUUAUCUUUAACUGCAAUAUUUUUUAUUGUAUUUCCAUUUCUUAAAACUCGACAUCAUUGUUUAAAAAUCAAAUGUUUCGGUGUAUUAUCAUCAAUAUUAUCAAUGCUAUUUAUUUUAAUUAACUUAAUUAUUAUGUUAAGUCAUUUAGAAUAUGAAUCAACUGAAUAUUUAAUUGCUAUUGAAAAACAUUAUAGAUCAAGUCAAAUUUAUAAAUUAUCAUUAGAUACAAAAUUAGCUAUUAAUCGAUUUCUAUCAAGUAUUAAUAUUGAAUUGGGUUACUCAGCAAUUAUAGCUUGGAUUGCAUUUGCUCUAUCAAUUAUUGAUGGACUAUUUUUUAUGUUAACAUGUAAAAUAAAACGUGAUCGAGAUGAUAUAGAAUCUCUUUUUUCUGCAAUUCCUAUGGAUUCAUCACAACUUGAUAGUAGCAAUGAAAAUGAAAUAUAUCAAAGACCAACGACUCCGCUUACAUCUGCAGAACAUGCAACUAAUUAUCUAGUUUCUCCUCCGUUUAUUUCUCAUCCUCCUCCACCACCACCACCGCCAUCAAUAGAAAUUAAUGAUUCUAACAACCAAUUAAAUACUCCUUCUUAUACUCCAUCUUCAUGUCUAAAACGUUCAACACCGCCUCAUAUUCAUUUUGAAGAUGAAGUAUAA